AAUACAAUGUGAAUGAUUCCCUCGUCCCAAUUCUGGUAGCAAAGCCGAGGACCCCUUCACCUGCGGCGAAUGCCUUUCACAUGCUGUUUUUGUGCAAUAGCAUGAUCUCCAACACGUCUCGGCAACAGUAUCAGUCGCUGAUGCUCCUCGGCCCGUGAAGCCUCGUACCUGCCUAUCCGCCAACAGACACCGUUCGACAGGUCCAGCGAACCACCCGGGUCACGAUGAGCAGCACUCCUCAGUGAUAUCUGGCGAGACGUGGAGAUGUGGAGUGUUUGAUCUCCAGCAAGAGCAGGUGGUACAAUGCUGCGUCGAGGCACCUUGAUCGUGAUUGUCACGGUCGUCUGCACAGUUCUGCUGCUCCUCUGGAGCCCUUCGAAAUGGCACUCUUACGCGUGGCCAAGUGCUCUCGGCCAUACGAACACAGAAACAGUCGGGCAUGGUGGAAUAAAUCCCAAGGCGUGGAUGGAGGGGCGCGAAAAAGGGUUGUUCAGGGAGCCAAAGGUGGAUGCGAAGAGCCCGUAUCCGGCUGGGCGAUUGAAGCCUGCUGGAAGCAACUACACCCGCACGCUAGUCGUGCCCAAGAUGAAGGGGGAAGACACGAGCUGGAUACAACAGGAGCUCGGUGAUAUGCUGUCUUCCGGGGUGCUGGACACCGCGAUAUAUGCGAUGGAUGACGAUACUGCGCCCCUGCAUCCGAUCAUGAAUAAGGGUCACGAAGUCAUGGCAUAUCUCAGCUACAUCAUCGACUUCUAUAAUUCCUUGCCGGACGUGUUGGUCUUCAUGCACGCCCACCGCUUUGCACGCCACAACAACUUGCUUCUCGAGAAGGACAGCGCGCUCAUGCUGCGGCACCUCUCCCCUGAGCGAGUGACGCGCGAGGGCUACAUGAACCUGCGCUGUCAUUGGGACCCGGGAUGCCCGGACUGGAUGCGACCCAACGACGCGGACGUCAAGGGCGACCGCAAGGAGCAAGAAGUGAUGGCGGCGGCGUGGACCGAGUUGUUUCCGGGCCAAGCGCUGCCCGAUGUUCUGGCGCAACCAUGCUGCGCGCAAUUCGCCGUGUCACGGGAACGAGUGCAGGUGAUUCCACGGGACCGCUUCAUCGCACUACGGGAGUGGGUUGUUCACACCGACCUGGACGACUUUCUCUCUGGACGUGUGUUUGAGUAUACGUGGCAAUACAUCUUCACCUCCUCCGCCUUCCACUGUCCGAGCAUGAGUGCGUGCUACUGCGACGGGUACGGCAUUUGCUUUGGAGAUGCGGAGAAGUUUGACUAUUACUUUGAGCUGGAGCACUAUCGAAAGCUUUACCAGGAGGAGCUGGAGGCCUUGCAGUCCGCGGCGGCCAACGAGACGACUGCUCGCGAACACGAUGGGAAUGACCCAGGGUAUGGGAGGCAGGAGAUGGUGGAGGUGCCGACGGUUGGGCGGGAGGAGUGGCUGACAGACGAGAUUCUGCGGCUGAAAUCAGAGAUGGACAGAAGCAAGGCGGAUGCGCUGGAGCGAGGCCGAGAUCCUGCGCAAAGAGCGAGGGAGUCUGGGAGGCAUGGGAGGGAGGGGGAAGGCUUUUGAUCGCCUACUCGUCCUUGGCUCAUUGUAAUGCCCGUCUGCUUAGCAAUCCACCACGAUCAUCUCUCCCCGAAUCGCGAAACAAUAGGCAAUACUCCAGUCCCGGCAUGCAGAUUGAGUAAUAAUAAGGAUGAAGGAGCGACAUGAAGCCGUCGCCGCCACAGCCGCAGCAGCCGGGCGGCGAUCAGCAUCAUCAAUGCCCAAUGCCCGCUAACUUCUUAAGGCCGGCC